AUGGACCUCCGGAUGAUAAUGACUCUUAUCAUCGGUGGUGGGAUCCUGGCAGCCAUGCUGUUGCUGAUAAGCGUUAUUUUCUGCCUUUACAUCAAAGUAUCCAAGACAAUCAAUUCAGCCAAAAUCAGCCAGUCCAGGAUGUUCCCGGCCACCUUCAUCUCCACGAACUCUCCUUGCCACCCAUCUCCUUACCAAGCCAUCCAGUGCUGUGAUAAGUACAGCGCCUACGGGGGCAUACCAGGUCCUUGCCUCUGUGACUACCCAGACAAGAGCCCAACCGAGCAGAACAGGGGCCUUCCCGGUGUGCCAGCUCGGCACGAGCAAUGCUUCCUGGCGUCCUGGGCGCUGAAUUCAACUAAGGCAGAAGGCAGAUCAAGUUGCAAGGCUAAUCUGGGAGGGAGCAACGUAGGAGAGUCCCACAAGGCCCUGAUCCUGCAACUCAGUGACAAUGAGAACUGCAUCUGGACAAUACAGAGACCAGAAAACAAGAACAUCAGGAUCAUCUUUUCCCACGUCCGGCUGGAUCCAGAAGGAACGUGUGAAAAUGAGAGCAUUAAAGUCUUUGAUGGGAACUCUACCGCGGACCCUCUGCUGGGUCAGGUCUGCAGCAAGAAAGACUUUGUUCCUGUCUUUGAAUCCUCAUCCAAUUCGUUGACAGUGCAAAUAGUCACUGAUGCAGCAGCAAUCCCGAGAACUGUCUUUAUUUUCUACUACUUCUUCGAUUCUGGCACGGCUAUUCCCGAUUGUGGUGGAUACCUGGACGCGUUGGAAGGAUCCUUUACGAGCCCUAAUUACCCGAAGCCACACCCGGAACUGGCUUAUUGUGUAUGGCAUAUACAAGUAGAGAAAGGAUACAGGAUAAAAUUAAGCUUCAAAGAGAUUUUCCUAGAAGUCGAUGACGACUGCAGAUUUGAUUUUGUCGCCGUCUACGACGGCCCUUCCACCAACUCGGGCCUGAUUGAACAAGUCUGCGGCCGCCGGACACCCACCUUCGAAUCUUCCUCGGACUCCUUGACCGUUGUGUUAUCUACAGACUAUGCCAAUUCUUACCGGGGCUUUUCUGCUUCCUACACUUCAGUUUACACUGAAAACAUCAACACUACAUCUUUAAUUUGUACCUCUGACAAGAUGAGAGUUAUCAUCAGCAAAUCCUACCUAGAGUCCUUUAACUAUAAUGAGGAUAACUUACAACUGAAUGACCCAACUUGCCGACCGGAAGUGUCAAACGUGAUAGAGUUUUCUGUCCCUCUCGAUGGAUGUGGUACGGUUAAAAAGGCCGAAGACCAUUCAAUUACUUAUACCAAUAUCAUCACCUUUGUUGCGUCUCCAACUUCGGCAGUGAUCACUCGUCAGAAACAUCUCCAGAUUAUUGUGAAGUGCGAAAUGGAAUACAAUUCUACUGUAGAGGUGAUGUACAUAACUGAAGAUGAUAUAAUACAAUAUCAAAAUGCGCUGGGCAAAUACAACAUAAGCAUGUCUCUCUUUGAGUCCAAUUCAUUUGAAAACCCCAUUCUUGACUCUCCCUAUUAUGUGGAUUUGAACCAAACGCUUUUCGUUCAAGUUGGUCUGCGUGCUUCAGAUCCAAACUUGGUGGUGUUUCUGGAUACCUGUAGAGCCUCUCCUACGUCCGACUUUGCAUCUCCAAACUAUGACUUAAUCAAGAGUGGAUGUAGCCGCGACGAGACGUGUGAGGUGUAUCCCUUAUUUGGGCACUAUGGGAGAUUCCAGUUUAAUGCCUUUAAAUUCUUGCGAAGUCUGAGCUCUGUGUAUCUGCAGUGUAAGGUUCUGAUAUGUGAUGGCGAUGAUGCUCACUCUCGCUGCCACCAAGGCUGUGUCUCUAGAAAGAAGCGAGACGUUUCUCCAUACAAGUGGAAGACCGAUUCUGUCAUAGGACCCAUUCGUGUGAAAAGGGAUCGAAGUGGAAGUGGAAAUUCAGGGCUUCUGCAUCAAGCCCCUGCAGAGGAAACUGCACACCAGCCUUUCAGUGGUCUGCACCUGUUUUCAUUCGUGGUCCUUGCUCUGAAUGUAGUGGUUGUGGCCACGAUUACGCUGAGGCGUUUAGUGAAUCAGCGCAUGGACUACAAAUACCAGAAGCUGCUGCAGCAGCAGUACUAACAGCUCCUUUUCUAAGAAGCCGCUUUACUCUACGGCCACAAAGGCUAUGAAUAAGCUAGGAAGAAUGGUUAGCUCUCAUCUUAGGAACUAAAAGCAUUGCAUGAAUCAAA